UACGUGGCAGUUGCAUACUACUGCUGCUUGUAAAUCUGCUUCUCCUCCCUGCCAUUCUUCCCCCUCUCGCGAAGAAUCCCGCACAAGCCAGCGCGAAGCGAAGCGAGCCACCCCCACCACCACAAAUUCCCGCGGAUCCGACGAGAAAUCGAAAGGGCAGGGCGGCCGUGGAUUUGAGUCGCGACGGCGACCGCCAUGAACGCGAGGGGCUACCGAAGCACUAGGACCGCUCUCUUCGAUGGCAUUGAAGAAGGUGGAAUCCGAGCAUCAGCUUAUUCUUCACAUGAGAUAGAUGAGCAUGAGAAUGAGCGAGCUAUUGAUGGAUUGCAAGAUCGAGUCAGCAUUCUCAAGCGAUUGUCAGGUGAUAUCAAUGAAGAGGUGGAAGCUCAUAACCGUAUGCUGGACAGAAUGGGGAAUGACAUGGAUACAUCCAGGGGUUUUCUCUCAGGAACAGUGGACAAAUUCAAGACGGUGUUCGAGACCAAAUCAAGCAGGAGGAUGGGAACCCUCAUAGCAUCUUUCGUCGCGCUUUUUAUGCUAGUAUACUACCUGACAAGGUGAUCCCUGGGUUUGGAUUCUGUCCUAGAGCUAUAUAUGUGGAGUGGGGGUACUCAAGAACAUGCAGCAAUGGUCACGCCGGUCUAUCCACAUUGUUGUAUAUACUUAAUCUCGCAAGACGUAAAGCAAACUAUGCUGAUCUGGUUGUUGCUAAUUCUGCACUGUGUAUGGAUUACAACCCUUGCCUUACUUGCCUUCUUUUUGCCUGUUGAUGUAAUUACAGAACAUGGAGUCAACUCUGUUGUCAAUCUCAAUGUCAUGCACUCAUGCUAUAUGUAUGAUACUAGUAACUAGCGCUAGCUUGUGUGCUUGGAAGGCUUACUACUGCUAUAAAAUGUCUCCAGUUCGGUUA